GGCUCCGUUACUGCAACAGGAGGACUCGGGCGGUGGAAGGAAGCGCGAUCGGUGUCGGGGGCAGACACGGGAAAGUGACCCACUUCGCUUCUAUCUUUGGACAGGUGGCCAUGACCUCACUGCCCACUCGGAACUCCGGGGUCCCCGACUUGGUUUCCGGGCCGCCGCCGCCCGCGCCUUCCAUCCCAGCCAACCAGAGCGCAGAGGCGUCGGCGGGCAACGCGUCUUGGGCGGCGUCGGUGCCCGGCCCGGGUGCGCAGGCCAUCACGCCGUUCCAGAGCCUGCAGCUGGUGCAUCAGCUGAAGGGCUUGAUCGUGCUGCUGUACAGCGUGGUGGUGGUCGUGGGGCUGGUGGGCAACUGCCUGCUGGUGCUGGUGAUCGCGCGCGUGCGCCGGCUGCACAAUGUGACCAACUUCCUCAUCGGCAACCUGGCUCUGUCCGACGUGCUCAUGUGCGCCGCCUGCGUGCCGCUCACGCUGGCCUACGCCUUCGAGCCUCGCGGCUGGGUGUUCGGCGGGGGCCUGUGCCACCUGGUGUUCUUCCUGCAGCCCGUCACCGUGUACGUGUCGGUGUUCACGCUCACCACCAUCGCCGUGGACCGCUACGUCGUGCUGGUGCACCCGCUGCGCAGGCGCAUCUCGCUGCGCCUCAGCGCCUACGCGGUGCUGGCCAUCUGGGCGCUGUCCGCGGUGCUGGCGCUGCCCGCCGCCGUGCACACCUACCACGUCCGGCUGGAGCCCCACCACGUGCAUCUCUGCGAGGAGUUCUGGGGGCCCCAGGAGCGCCAGCGCCAGCUCUACGCCUGGGGACUGCUGCUGGGCACCUACCUGCUGCCCCUGCUGGUCAUCCUGCUGUCGUACGUGCGGGUGUCGGUGAAACUCCGCAACCGUGUGGUGCCGGGCUGCGUGACCCAGAGCCAGGCGGGCUGGGACCGCGCGCGCCGCCGCCGCACGUUCUGCCUGCUGGUGAUCGUGGUGGUGGUGUUCGCCGUCUGCUGGCUGCCCCUGCACGUCUUCAACCUGCUGCGGGACCUCGACCCGCACGCCAUCGAUCCCUAUGCCUUCGGCCUGGUGCAGCUCCUCUGCCACUGGCUGGCCAUGAGCUCGGCCUGCUACAACCCCUUCAUCUACGCCUGGCUGCACGACAGCUUCCGGGAGGAGCUGCGCAAGCUGUUGCUCACCUGGCCCCGCAAGAUCGUGCCCCACCGCCAGAGCGUGACGGUCAGCGUGGUCAUCUGAUGCCGCCCGGCCGGGCCUGGCCUGGGCUGGGCAG